AUGAACAAAGUUGAAGAUUCUACAACAAAAUUAUUACAAACAGAAUUUUUAUAAAUAGAGUAAGGGAAGGAAAGUAUUUAAAUAGUAAAAGAUAAUGAAAACAAUUCAUGGAAAAAGAAAUUAAAAAAUGUUUUUGUUGUACCAAUAUAGAAAUGUAGUCGUAUAAUAUAUUUAAAUGGAGAAUGUACACCUAUAAAUUAAUAAAGUAAUGUAAUUAAGAAUUCUAAAUAUAAUGUUAUAACAUUUCUACCAAAGGUGUUAUAUGAGUAAUUUCAUCAAUUUAUUAACAUAUUUUAUUUGGGAUUGACAAUCUCUUAAUUUAUCUAACCAUUUAAGGUAGGAUUUCUCAUAGGAUAUUUGGGGCCUCUAGCUUUAGUAGUGACUCUUAGUAUCCUAAAAGAAUUAUAUGAUGAUAUAAAAAGACAUAAGAGAGAUAGAUAAAUUAAUAGCACAAUAUAUAAACGUUAUUUAAAUGGUUAAUGGGAAGAUAUAACAAGUGGUUAGUUAUAAAUAGGAAUGAUCAUAAAAGUCAAUAGUAAUUAACGUAUACCAGCAGACAUUUUGGUAUUACAAGCAAGUGAUGAACAGGUAUUUAUUCGUACUGAUUAAUUGGAUGGAGAAACAGAUUGGAAAUUAAGGAAACCAGUUUAAUAUAUUUAAAAGAAAGGAUUACAAAAUUUAGAUUUAGCAAAAUGUUAAUUAAAUUGUGAUUGUCCUUAAGAAAAUAUAUAUGAUUUUCAUGCAGUAUUUUAAUGUGAAUAAUAAAAAGAACUAUUAUCAUUAGAAAAUGUUAUGUGGGCUAGUACAGUUCUUGCAAAUGGUAAUGUGGAUGGAAUAGUUAUUUAUAAUGGAUUUGAAACAAGAAUGGCUAUGAAUAGUAGAUAACCUCAAACAAAGUUUGGCAAAAUUGACAGUAUUCUAUAUUUCAUAAUUACUUAGCUGAAAUCAAUUAUAUGUCUAUUAUGCUUUUUAUAGCAAUGGGACUACUAUCAAUAAUCAUUACGAUCCUUUCUUAACCUCCAUUAAAUGCUUUGGCUAUAUCUGUUUCAUUUGUUCGAUAUCUAAUUUUACUAUCAAAUAUUAUUCCAAUCUCUAUGAGAGUCAAUGUGGAAUUUGCAAAACUAAUUUAUUGUUAUAAAAUAUCAAUAGAUUAAAGUAUAAAAGGUACAAUCCCUAGAAAUUCUAAUAUUCCAGAGUCUUUAGGGAGAAUAGAAUAUUUGCUUACUGAUAAAACAGGAACCUUAACAUAAAAUGAUAUGAUUUUCAAGAAAUUAUCAUUAAAAUAAUAAGUAUAUACUUAUGAAAACUAUGAUGAAAUGAAGAAGAGUUUAUAGACAAAAUAGGCUAUAGGAAAUGUAGAAGAUGAUGCUAUCUUAAGAGAUUUAUUAUUAGCGAUUGCAUUAUGUCAUAAUGUUACUCCAAUAGAAGAGAAUGGAGAAAGAUAAUAUUAAGCCUCAUCUCCAGAUGAAGUAGCUUUAGUUAAGAUAGCAGAAUCCCUUGGAAUAACUUUAAAGAAUAGAGAUUAAAAUUCAAUGAUCAUAGAAUUAAAUGGUUAAACAAAGAAAUAUGAAAUUUUGUAUAACUUUCCUUUUUCUAGUGAGAGUAAAAGAAUGGGAAUCUUAUUAAAAUUAGAAAACCUCUAUAUUUUUUAUUUGAAAGGAGCUGAUGCAAUUAUGAAAUAGUUUCUUCCAGAAACAUAACGUGGAUUUGUAGAUGAAGAAUGUGAAAAUUUGGCUAGAGAGGGAUUAAGAACAUUAGUAUUAACUUAAAAAAUAAUUACAAGAGAAUAUUUUGAAGGAUGGAAAAAAAAAUAUGAAUAAGCUUAAUAUAUUGAAAAUGUAAGUUAGAGAUUAAACAAAUUGGAUAUAAUUAGAAAAGAAUUAGAAAUUAAUAUGUAAUUUUUAGGAAUAACAGGAGUUGAAGAUAAAUUAUAGGAAGAUGUUUGUGCAACUUUAGAAAACAUCAGAAAUGCUGGAAUCAAUGUAUGGAUGUUGACUGGAGAUAAAAUUGAAACUGCCAUUUGUAUAGCUAUCUCAAGUGGAAUUAAGUCUGCUACAUAAGAGAUAUGUCUAUUAAAGGAAAUUAUUGAUGAAGAAACACUAUAAAAAAAACUAAAAUAAUUUGAGACAAAAACCAAUCAAUUAUUAGUUAUUGAUGGUACAAGUCUCUAAACAGCUUUUAAAAAAGAAGAGUUCUUUUUUAGAAUUGCAACUUAAGCUUAAUCAGUUGUAUGUUGUAGAUGUUCACCUACCCAAAAAGCUUUAGUAACUGAAUGUAUCAAAAAAUACACUCAUAAAAUCAUUGCCUGUAUUGGAGAUGGAGGUAAUGACGUAGGUAUGAUAUAAUCAGCUGAUGUGGGAAUAGGAAUAGAGGGAAAAGAAGGUAAAUAAGCAGCCUUAGCUAGUGAUUUCUCCAUUCUUAAAUUUAAAUAUCUAAAUUCCUUAUUACUUUGGCAUGGUAGAUUAUCAUAUAAAAGAUCUGCAUUAUUAUCAUAAUUUGUAACUCAUAGAGGAUUAAUUAUUUCAAUGAUCUAAACAGUUUUUAUGUGUACAUACUUUUAUCUAAGUUUAAGUAUAUUCAGCAGUACUCUAAUAUUAGGAUAUGCAACUAUCUAUACGUAAUGAUUAAAUAAUAAUGAAAUUUAGAAUGUUUCCUGUUUUUAGCAUAAUAUUUGAUGAAGAUGUUGUAAAAAAAGUAGCAUUAGAGUUUCCACCACUUUACAAAUCAUUACAAAAAAGUAGAGAUUUAAAUUAAAAGACAUUUUUGAUUUGGUGUUGGAAAGCUACUUAUUAAGGAACAAUUAUUAUGAUUUUGGCUUAACUUUUAUAUCAGAAUGUAUUUUUGUAUAUAGAAACAGCUGCUUUCACCUCUUUAAUUAUAACUGAAUAUUGUAUGAUUUUUAGUGAAGUAUUUAUAUUCCCUCAUAUUAGCUUAAUUCUUUACAUAUUGUAAUGUUCAUUUCAACAAUUGGUUCCACUAUAUUUUAUGUGUUAACCAUGGUUCUGAUUCCAGAAACUCUAGUAGUUGGAGAAGUACUAAAUGGAACUUUUUGGAUUAAUACUUUAAUCAUUGUAUUAUUUAGUUGGUGUCCCAUAUUCCUAGUUUAAUGGUUUGUAAGAAUUAAGUAACCAAAUGAUUAUGAGAAAAUCAUGAAAUAAGUGAAGGAUAAGUAAAAAAUAAAAACAAAUAUAUUCACUUGA